AUGGCGCAGACUGUGAAGCAGGAACCCAUGGAUGACACCUACAACGACAUCGGAGUCUCCGUCGCGGUUGACGUCAAUGCUUUUCGCCCACCGCCAGUCCGUAGAAACAGAGCACCAACAGGCGGCCGCACGCGUCUUUCAGGCGAGGUCACCGAUCAAGCCGUGACUGACGGUCUACCAGCUGGACUUGUCGGUCGCUGCUACCAAACCACAGUCUUCGUGUCGAGUGGUCAGAACUUCAUCGAGAUCACUCACGGUCUGAUCGACACAGGUGCGAUGGCCAUCUUCAUCAGCCGAGCGGCCGUCGAUCAGCUUGGUGUCGCCACCCAGAGCUGCCCUCCCAAGACCUUCGCUAGCAGCAACAACGCCUAUGUCACGUACCAGAGCUACGUGCGUUUGACUCUCCACAUUGGUGGAGUUGGUCGCGAUGUCAUCGCGUUCGUCGAAGAGGAUAACUGCAUACGCCACAUCAUCUUGGGCAUUCCUGCAGUCGAGCUGUUCGACAUCAAGUUCGAGGCAAACUAUGGUCCGAGAUGCGAGAAGCUGUGGCACGUUGCUGAAAAGAACAAUCGGCGAAUCCGCUACGUACUUGAGCAGGAGAGAUCCUCUGCGCCGCGUCAGGUGCGCACUCUAGACUAUCAGAAUGGUCUGCGCAUCGCCACCAAGCGUGGCAAGACACCAAAGGAGAGAGAGGCAAGCAUGAAGAUCAUGCGUGCCAAGGCUAACUACAAGCGUAUUCACGGCAAGUAUCAGCACAGGGUUGGAGGAGCUUGA